AUGGCUGACGUGCUCAGUGUCCUGAGACAGUACAAUAUCCAGAAGAAGGAGAUUGUAGUGAACGGAGAUGAGGUGAUCUUUGGCGAGUUCUCCUGGCCCAAGAAUGUGAAGACCAACUACACGGUUUGGAGGCCCGGAAAGGAAGACCAGCCCAGAGAAUACUACACAUUGGAAUCCAUCUUAUUUCUGCUUGAUAAUGUGCACCUUGCUCAUCCACUUUACGUUCGACGUGCAGUCUCGGAAAAUAUCCCUGCGGUUCGAAGACCUGACCGAAAAGAUCUCCUCGGCUAUCUCAAUGGUGAAGCGCCAACAUCGGCAAGUAUAGACCCAGGUGCGCCCCUGGAAAUAGGAGUGCAGAGAUCCACUCAAGUCAAACGACCUUCACAGGAAGUUCCACCCGAAGCAAAGAAACCACGAAAUGAGGAGGUAGAGCCCAUGUGCCCGGCAAAAGAGAGACUGGCUGCUCUGCUGCAGGGCCAUAAAGAAGGAAUUGUGAAGACUGAGCAGAUCAGGGCUUUAUCUGAAGCAAUGUCAGUGGAAAAGAUUGCCUCGAUCAAAGCCAAAAUCAUGGCUAAGAAAAGAGCAACUAUCAAGACUGAUCUCCAUGAUAUGACUCCCCGGAACCAGAAAUACAGAAGCUCUGUAGAUGGUGAAGUGGACGCGACCCAAGAUAUUAUCAGCAGAGAGAGGGUGGGGAGGACGCGGACAACUAUCUUGCAGAGCACAAGAAUGGACUUUUCCAAUAUUUUUGCAAUUCUUCGAUCUGUAGAAGCCAGAGAAGAAAGGCAGGCACCUGACCAGCGACCAGCUCCACUGGCAGCGCCUGUGGAUCCCACCUUGCAUACUAAGCGGCCUAUGCCAACAGCCUACAACAGAUAUGACCAGGAAAGAUUCAAAGGGAAAGAAGAAAUUGAAGGCUUUACAAUUAACACGACAGACACCUACCAUGGCCGGACACUGAAGUCUGUAAGGGAAGAAGUAUCGGCUCCUAAGGCUCACACUCCAGUAGCCCAGCCUGUCCCAAGACCCAUUUCUCCAGCAAGACUUCCCCCAAAUCAGAAGAAAGCAUCACAGACACCCAUUAUCAUAGUACCUGCAACUACCACUUCUUUAAUAACCAUGCUGAAUGUGAAAGACCUUCUGCAGGAUUCAAAAUUUGUCCCACCGCUUGAAAAGAAGAAACAAGGUUGUAAACCACAGAAUCAAACGCUGGUACACAGGACAAAAGGUCAGAUGGGGGCAGAGGGUGCUGCAGUUUGGCUCACAGUACCUUAUAAAGUGGUCGACCAGCCCCUUCAACUUGGGCCUCAAGACUGGGACCAGGUUGUGGCAGUGUUUGUUCAAGGUCCUGCUUGGCAAUUCAAAGGCUGGCCAGGGCUUAUGCCUGAUGGAUCACCAGUUGGCAUAUUUGCUAAAAUUAAAGCCUUCCACCUCAAGUAUGAGGAAGUUUGUCUAGAUCCCAAUGUCCAGAAGUGGGAUGUGACAGUAUUAGAAGUCAGCUCUCACAAACGGCAUCAGGACAGAGUAGUGUUCUUGCAGUUCUGGGAAGCAUUGGAUGUGUAUAUGAGGAAGCAUAAAUCCCACUUGAAAUUCUGAAUUAUUUGGUUCCUCCUUCUCUGAAAAGCUGGAUA